GGAAGGGAAAGAAGCGACCCCUCCGGAGAGCAUCCUCGCUCGGGCGCAGCCUCCCCGCGACAGGGGUCCCGCCGAUCUUGUUUGCCUCAGCAGAGCCUCCGUCUGCCGGGAAAAUGCCUAGAUCAUGCUGCAGCCGCUCGGGGGCCCUACUGCUUGCCCUGCUGCUUCAGGCCUUCAUGGAAGUGCGUGGCUGGUGUCUGGAGAGCAGCCAGUGUCAGGACCUCACCUCGGAAAGUAACCUGCUGGCCUGCAUUCGGGCCUGCAAGUCCGACCUCUCGGCCGAGACGCCCGUGUUUCCCGGGAACGGCGAGGAACAGCUGCUGGCCGAGAACCCCCGGAAGUACGUCAUGGGCCACUUCCGCUGGGACCGCUUCGGCCGCAGCGGCAACGACAGCAGCGGGGCCGGCGCGGGCCCGGAACGCACGGAGGAGACGGUGGCCGCGGGCGACGGCGGCCUCGGGCCCCGCGGCGAUGGCGCCGGGCCGGGCCCGCGCGAGGGCAAGCGCUCCUACUCCAUGGAGCACUUCCGCUGGGGCAAGCCGGUGGGCAAGAAGCGGCGCCCGGUGAAGGUGUACCCCAACGGCGCCGAGGACGAGUCGGCCGAGGCCUUCCCCGUCGAGUUCAAGCGGGAGCGGCCCGAGCCGGCGCUCCGCCCCGAGAGCGCAGCCCAGGGCGAGGCGGCCUCCACCGACCUGGAGUACGGCCUGGGGGCGGAGGCCGAGGCCCCGCGGGCGCUGAAGAAGGACGAGGGGCCCUACAAGAUGGAGCACUUCCGCUGGGGCAGCCCGCCCAAGGACAAGCGCUACGGCGGCUUCAUGACCUCGGAGAAGAGCCAGACGCCCCUGGUGACGCUGUUCAAAAACGCCAUCAUCAAGAACGCCCACCGGAAGGGCCAGUGAGGGCGCCGCGGGGCCGGGCCCUCUCCCGGAAGGCGGCCCCUGAGCCCCCUUUCGUGGGCCGGGGCCUCCCAGCCUGG